CUGCUUAUCAUCUUCUGAAGAUUGUUCGAGCAGUAAUGAAUCUAUUGACGUUUAAUACGAGAUUAUAAGGAGGGAUAUUACAUAGGAGUGGAAGUACCAGAGGACGAUCGUCGUGCGCAGAAGCCUCAUUUUGGACCAAACCUCUGGCCUUCUGAGGAUAUAUUGCCAAGAUGGAGGCAGGCGAUGGAAAAAUUUCAUUGUCAAGCAUUAAAUGUGGCAAAAGUAGUUACAAGGAUCAUUACUCUAGCACUUGAUCUGGAGGCUGAUUUUUUUGACAAGCCAGAAAUACUUGGUGAGCCUAUUGCAACCUUGCGCUUGUUGCACUAUGAAGGUCUAGUCUUUGAUCCCUUUAAAGGAAUAUAUGGAGCUGGGGCACAUUCAGACUUUGGAUUUAUUACCUUGUUGGCAACAGAUGAUGUGCCGGGUCUCCAAAUUUGCAAGAACAAGGAUGCUAAACCUCCGAUAUGGGAAUAUGUGCAACCUAUGAGAGGAGCAUUCAUAGUGAAUCUUGGUGAUACGGAAUGAUGGAGCAAUUGUAUUUUCGGGUCCACGCUCCAUCUAGUUAUAGGGAAUGGUCAAGAACGGUAUUCUAUUGCAUUCUUCCUGGAGCCUAACCAUGAUUGUCUCAUUGAGUGCUUGCUAACAUGUAUGGCUGAGGAAAAUUCUCCGAAGUUUCCGCCCGUCCAGUGUCAGACCUACUUGUCCCAAAGAUUAGACGAUACUCAUGCUGAUUUAAAUGUAUACAGAAGGGAAGGAGCUUAGAGUUUGCCAGCAAGAGUGGAAGCCUGUCAACCCGCACUUGCCUGAAGUAGGGGUAUACUUUGAGAACUCGUACGAAUGGGCAUAAUGAACUUAGAGAAGAGCAUCCGAUGGGGUACCUACAUCAUAGACAACCAAUAAUCCGUUUAUGUUUACGCAUGGAGGCAAUAGUUCAGCCGCUUCCGCCUUAUUUUGCCCCUAAAUUAGCUGUUUGUACAUGCCACACUUUAAGAAAGGAAAUGAAAAGGAAAUGCCACACA